CUUGAAGAAUAACUCAUUCAUCAGUCUCUUACAAGGCAUAGAGUUGGUCGUGUAAACCAUUGCAACGAAGUUAUUUAGGGAAAACGUGCGCGUUAUUCCUUAAACGUCAAUUUCUUAUUUUCACUUGGACGAGCAAACAGGGCAGCUGCAAUGUGGAUUCAAGUGCGCACAAUGGAUGGGAAGGAGACCCACCGGGUAGAUAACCUCUCCAAACUUACCAAGGUGGAUGAGCUGCGUCUCAAAAUCUUGGAGAUCUUCAAGGUGGAACCAGAGAGGCAGCGGCUGUUCUACCGUGGCAAGCAGAUGGAGGAUGGCCAUACUAUAUUCGACUACAACGUGGGACUAAAUGACAUAGUGCAGCUGCUUGUUAGGCAGAAGAUGCCCCCUGUUGAUGUUGUCAAGAGCAAGGACAAAGAAGCCGAGCUCUCUGACUCUGAUUCUGGCUGUGGCUCAACCCAGAGCGAGUCUGACAAGAGCUCUACUCACGGUGAAGUAGAGGGUCAAACUGCUAGCACCUCUGCCCAGACCAACAGCUCAGAGCUCAUCGAUCCGGGGUUUGGAUUUUACAAGAUCAAUGAGCUGGUGGAUGCAAGGGACUUGAAUAUGGGAGCGUGGUUUGAGGCCCAGAUUGUGAAUGUUACGAAGACGACACAGACGCCUAAAGAGGAGGCUGCAGAGGCACAGCCAGCAGAGGAAGAGAUACUGUACCAUGUUAAAUAUGAAGACUACCCAGAGAAUGGUGUGAAUCAGUUGCUGUCCAAGGAUGUUCGUCCGCGGGCCCGUACGGUGUACCAGUGGCACCAGCUUGAGCCAGGAAUGGUUGUUAUGGUCAACUACAACCCAGACGAGCCCAAGGAGCGUGGCUACUGGUAUGACGCAGAGAUCCAGAAGAAGAGGGAAACGCGUUCUCUGCGAGAAAUCUAUGCCAAGAUUAUCCUUGGCGAUGCUGGUGACUCUCUUAAUGACUGCCGGAUCGUGUUCCUGACUGAAAUCUACAAAAUUGAGGAAGCCGGCUCUCUGAGUGAAACCCCACCUGGAUCAGAGAGUCCACUAAAAAGAUCAAAUGGACCUGAAUGCAAGCACUGUAAGGAUGAUCCCAAAAAAAACUGUCGCUGGUGUAACUGCCACAUCUGUGGCAUCAAGCAGGAUCCUGACAAACAGCUGUUAUGUGAUGAAUGUGACAUGGCCUAUCACACCUACUGCCUGAACCCACCACUCACCUCUAUCCCUGAAGAUGAGGACUGGUAUUGCCCAGGUUGCCGUAAUGAUGCCAGUGAGGUUGUGUUGGCUGGAGAGAAGCUGAAAAAGAGCAAGAAGAAAGCAAAGAUGGCUUCCGCCAGCUCCUCCAGCCAGAGGGACUGGGGCAAGGGAAUGGCCUGUGUUGGUCGAACCAAGCAGUGCACUAUUGUCCCAUCCAAUCACUACGGCCCAAUUCCUGGUGUCCCUGUCGGCUCCUUGUGGAAGUUCAGAGUACAGGUCAGUGAGUCUGGAGUCCACAGACCACAUGUAGCUGGAAUUCAUGGCAGGAGCAACGAUGGUGCCUACUCUCUGGUCCUGGCUGGAGGUUAUGAGGAUGAUGUGGAUGAUGGUAAUGAGUUCACUUACACUGGCUCUGGCGGACGAGAUCUGUCUGGAAAUAAGAGGACUGCUGAGCAGUCAUGUGAUCAGACACUUACCCACAUGAACCGGGCACUGGCUCUCAACUGCAACGUCCCCGUCAAUGAGAAAAAUGGAGCUGAGUCCAAGAACUGGAAGGAAGGCAAACCAGUUAGAGUUGUGCGCAGCUGCAAGGGUCGCAAGCACAGUAAAUAUUGCCCUGAGGAAGGAAACCGAUAUGAUGGGAUAUACAAGGUGGCGAAGUACUGGCCUGACAAAGGCAAGUCUGGCUUCUUGGUUUGGCGUUAUCUGCUGAAGCGUGAUGAUGAUGAGCCGGCACCGUGGACAAGGGAUGGCAAGGAGCGCAUCAAGAAGCUCGCUCUCACCAUGCAGUAUCCUGCUGGCUAUCAGAAAGAGAAGGAGAACAAAAAUGAAGUGGAGGAGGCGGCGGCAGCAGCAACACCCAGCAAGGCAAAGAGGAAGAGAAAAUCUCAGGGCAGCGAAUCCUCCAAGACCCCACCAGCCAAGACUCCUAAGAAAAUCAAGGUAGAGGUAUACAAGCUUUCCCAGGAGCAGAAGGCCCUCAUCAAGAAUGACAAGCCAAACAAGAAGCUGUGGGACGAAGCCAUGGAGUCACUGUCACUUGGACCGAAAUUUUUGAACAAGGUUGAAGAAGUUUUCCUCUGCAUUUGCUGCCAAGAAGUGGUCUAUCAGCCCAUCACGACAGAGUGCCAACACAAUGUCUGCAAAGAAUGUCUUCAGCGGUCCUUCAGAGCAGAGGUUUACACCUGCCCGGCCUGCAGACACGAUCUGGGCAAAAACUACUCCAUGACUGUCAACAAAUCUCUGCAAGACAUUCUAAAUCAGUUUUUCCCGGGGUACAGCAACGGGCGAUGAUCAUUGGUUCUGCUUACUCAGCCCUCGAGGAAACGUGAUGUAAACUGUAAGGGGAAUUUUCAGUAGAGGCAAUAAAGAAUCAGUUUCUCUUAAUAUAUUUUUUAUGAUUUAUAAAACUACAAUUUCUGUGGACUUUAAUGCUGCCAUUUUUCACCUUGGAUCUGCCGUGAUGUGUAGUUACUGAUGAAUCGAAAAUUCCUUUAUUACUGCCUGUGCCAAUACCCCGUUAAUACCUUAAAUUGUGAUUUUUUUUUUUUUUUUUUUUUUUUCUUUUAACUCCCAGUGUUUUCAUUCUAUUCCAUUAACUAAUGCUAAUAUCGAUGUAAAAUUCUUGUUACUUUCAACUAAAUCCCUCCAUGUUUAGCACUCCUUAAGAUAACGUUAAGUCGUAAGUUGAUAAGCCGUUUACCCAACUUGUUUGGAGAUUCUUUUGUACAAGACUUUUUUUAGAAUCUGGAUCUACUGUUCGUUUGGCUGUGGCUGGUCAUCAUUUUGAUGCAAUCUUCUCAAUCUGAUCGUGCAUUCGGGAUGUGAAUUGGUUGGCAUUCACAUCUCACCUGGAAGACAGCAGCUUGAUUUGUCAUUAAGAAAUCAAUUGACAAAUUUAAAGUGGGGGGAAAAAAACUAUCAAGGCAAUGUCAUCACGACAGAUUCUAACUGCAGCACCUUGUGUGCACCUUGUGUAAACCUUGUCUUGGCAUGAUCAGAUGAUUGGCAUUGUAUUAAAAUGAAUGAACAAAGCCUUUUUUUUUUUUUUUUUUUUUUUUUUUUUUGAAAAGAGAUUUUCUGAAUCUAAAACUGUUUCAUAAAAUGUAGAUGAGACUUGACAUGCAAGCACAAACUUAACCAGUUUGUUUUUCUGCACUUCAGCUGUCUCUGAAGUGUCUUGUUGGCAAACCGUGUCAUCAAACUUGGUUGUAUUUUCUAGCUUCCCUAUAUAUUUUCAUACAAUAAUUUUAUAUUUGUAUAUGAAGUUUCUGAAAGUUGGUUUAACAAUUGCCAUGAAUUUGAUAAAAUCUUUAAAGCUAUUCUGUGGCAUUGAUUUGGAUUUCCCCUUUUUGAAAAGGUUCAUUUUUAUAAAGUCCAAAGAAACUUAAAUACUUAACCAAGAGUGUAAUGUAGAACUCCCAUCUAUCUAGCUCUUUAGAUGUUGUCCCAGACACUUAAACCUAAUUGAGUCUAGAAACUUUAUUUGUAUUUUUUUGCUAAAAUUAAAAUGUGUACUUUUCAUCUUUUAUAAUCCAUUACUGCCCUCUGUGGAAUGGGGCUGUUCAGUCAGAUUUUUGUCUCUGUGGUAACUUGUCUUACCUGACUUCCUUUAAAAAAAAAAAACAAAACAAAAAAAAAACAGGAAAUGCUUGCAUUAAUUUGAAACGUUAAGGAAAUUCCACACACUGCUCCUGAAAUUUGAUAUUGAAUUAACUAAAUUAUCUGAAUUUGUUAUUUACUUCUUUUGUCGCUGAAUGUCUUUUCAUGAAUGAUGUUUGGUGUUGAAUUUCAACAGCAGUGUGUGACAAUAUCCAUCCACAUGCCAGCACUUUGAGUUUUGAUGGAGAGACAAAGAUUUGCAUAGACCAGGAAAUGUAUAUUUUCUAAAAUUGUAUAAUUUUUAGUCCGUUCUAGUUUUGAUGUAGUUUUUAGAAAUGCUUGCACAUGUUUGUUGCAAAAAUUUGUCAAUACAUUUUCAGUGUUAUUCAAUAAAAAGUGAAAAAGA